GAGCGAUGGUUUGAUUUCCAUCCAUCCACCAAGUCACAACUACAAUCACGAAUGAGUGAGCAGCGGCCCGGCCAUAAUGUAUAAAAUACAAUGUUUUCUUCCGAUUCGUUUCGCUAUCUGUAUUGCUACUCGAGUGGCAUCCGGUCACUGAUAGCCACUCGUUGUUUCCUUCCUGUUAUGUUUGCUCACAACAAGCAUGUUUUGUUUACUUGCAACCCAAUGAGACGGCGUUUGGCGGCACCACAUCGGUUGGUUGGCAUUUACAUCGGCGUAAUGGCUAUUGGUUCCCUCGAGAAAAGGCUCGAUGCGAACGGAGAAAGAUGGGAAGCUCUUUGAGGAUCCUGCUUGCUGGAUUCAAAGGGAAAUAUUACGGACCUUGCCCCGCGCAUGGGCGAGAUGCCGGUAGAUGGAGAUGCAAAAAAGUGGGUCAAAGGGGAUACGGAUGGAAGAAA